AGCCUGGAAAAUUUUGCAGGACAGUUUCCCCGGACAGCUUGGCAAGGGCUGUGCCAUUUCGACUGGAGCACACAUCCACGCACUGCACUCUCAGCUGCUGGCUGGCCUCCCGGCUCUGAGAGAUCUCCGGUUCUCUCCCGCCCUCCCCUCUUCUUCUUCUUUGACCCUCUGGUGACAGACUCCUCCAGGCUCUGCUCAGUCGGGACCCCCGGAGCAAUCAUGGCAGAAACCGCCCUCCAGAUCGUCGAGCAGCCCGCGGCCUCCGAGGCCUCUGAGGAGCCCGCCAGCGAGGAGCCCAUCAAGUCGGACCAGAUCAACGGCGUCAUGGUGCUCACUCUCCUGGACAAGAUCAUCGGGGCUGUCGACCAGAUCCAGCUGACCCAGAGUCAGCUGGAGGAGAGGCAGCAGGAGAUGGACGGGGUGGUGGCCAGCAUCCAAGGGGAGCUGGCCAAGCUCACCAAGGCCCACUCUACCACCAGCAACACCGUCAACAAGAUGCUAGAGAAGGUCCGCAAGGUCAGCGUGAACGUGAAGACCGUCCGGCAAAACCUGGAGAAGCAAGGCGGGCAGAUCAAGAAGCUGGAAUCGAACGAGGCAGAGCUGCUGAAGCGCAGGAACUUCAAAGUCAUGAUCUACCAGCCCGAGAUGAUCCACGGUGCACCCUGCGAACCUUCACCAGAGAGCGUGCCCGCUGACUUUUCACCAGAGAGUGCACCCCUUGACCUUUCGGAAGACAGUGACCCCUAUGACCCUUCUGAAGAGACUCUGCUUUGUGGCCCUUCCCCAGAGAGCGUACCGUGGCCUCGGCCAGCCCAGGAGGAAAAGGGAGGCAGCCGCUUUGGGCCAUCCAGGGAUGAUGCUAACCCUCUUCUCCUGAAACUCUGAAAGCACCAGCCCACCCCCGAAUGGCCCCUGGCGUUCUCGUUGACACCAAGGGUUCAGCCCCGCAUGUGUGUAGAGCAAUUCAAGCUCGUUUUAUUGGCUUGGGUUGCCAACUCCCUCUUGGGAAUGACCUGGAGAUUUGGGGAGGAGCCUACGAAGG